UUGCUUUAUUUCGUACUCUUUUAUACCGUCUAAAUUUAUUUUAUACUGUAUAUAAAUUUAUUUUAAACUAAACCUUUUGUGCCGCGCAAAAAAAAAAAACUUAUUGUGCCUACGCCGGAUUCAACCAAAAACAGUUGGGGUAAAAGAUAAGUAGCUACAUACAGAACCUUCCUAAUAACUAUUAAAUGUUGAAGAGACUAUUCCUACUAUUGGGCGUGCUAUGCAUCCACAAGAUUUGCGGGCUCGAGGAGAGCGUACCGAAAGCGGGAGACGAGCCGAAACUUGACAAUGAGCCUUACGGAGUCGCAGACGCUAUCAAAACGACUAAAGAGCUCAUCGAAGGUCAGAGACAAAAAAGGUUUUAUGAUUACUCGUACGUAGGCUACAACACGGGCUCGUCUGCGUUCAGCUCGCUCAUCCCGACCUACCCCCAGCACGACAUACACAGCACCGUCCCCAACGAGCAGAAACGGCUGAACGACAUACUGAGGAGAUUGGAGCACAUCGCGGACCUCACCAGAGUGUACCACGCACCUCCCACUCCCCGCAGACCACAGCUCCCCAUCUUCAUUCCCUUCCCCGUCCCGCAGGGAUGCACAUGUCCCCCGGCGAAACCCGACGCACCGGCCACCAAGGCCCCACCAGACACCAAGCUUCCCCCGGUCACCAAGCCCCCGCCGACUUACCUCCCCCCCGACUCCAAGCCCCCAGAGAAGGAAACGACGAUGCCCGAUCUUGGCAACAGGUCCGGCGAGGGAGACACGUCAACGAAACCUAAUGUUUCAGAUGACGACUACGACGACGGAGUUAGGCCGAUUAGCUUUGACCCUAUUCCUCCCAAGGGGCCGCAGAACGUGGUGCCGCCUCCAGUGGAGCACGGCAGCUUCCAGGCCGGUUUGGACCCGGAGCCACCUGGGGUAGGCGGACCCCCGCCCCCACCUUCGGCCGGUAGACCGCCAGCAGCUGGAAGACCGCCAGCAGCUGGGAGACCACCGGCAGCUGCGGCUCCCCCGCAGGUUGAUGCUCCGCCUUCUCCUCCCACCGUCUGCGACGGAGCCAUCCUCGCCUGCUGCCAUCGCCAGGAGGUGACCUACGACUGCUUUGCGAGGGAGGGAUGCGGGGAGCUGGAGUACGAAAAUCCCUGCGACGCCAAAGUCCUUCUAAACAUUGUGAAUAAAUUCCGAACGCAUUUCAAGGCGCGCGGCUGAUACUUAAUUGUAAUUAUUUAAACACUUGUAUAUUAUAUAAUUAAUUAGAGAGAAUAAAUGUAUUGAAGUGUG